ACGCGUACAGAAUUAUAAUCAAGUUUUAAAAUGGCACUCUUCAAGCGUGUUAACCUGAAUUCGCUUUCUGUAUUAAAUCAUUGUUACAACAAAAUCGCAACUAGUACAGUAAAAUUAAAAACGAACAAGCAUGUCGCGAUAUCAUCCUCUGUUUUAAACGAGAAGCUCAACAAACAAGAUGAAAACACAGAAAAGUUGACUAAUAGCAAAUUUGCAACGUUUGAAAACGAAAUGAUCUUAAGAAGAAAUCAAGCAUGUCGAAGUAUAUUGGUGCAAGUGCAUUCCCUGUCUUCGCACAGAGAUCUCCAAAAUUAUUGUGCUCAAUUUGGGAUAAUUCAGAGUGUACAUCACUAUCGGACAAAUAAACAACGUAAUUAUAUAUUGGUCGAAUUUGAGAAUGAAGAAUCAGUGAGAAAAGUUAUAUCAAGCUCUUCCUUUAUGGAUGCUGAUUUAAUUGUCCCAGUAAGAUCAAAAGUAUUGUGGUUUCGUAAAGACAAUGUAGCUUCAAAUCUGAAAAGUAAUGACAGGAACACAGUAUCAUAUACAGAAAAUGAUGAUCCAACUGCAAAGCAAGUUGCGUAUAGGUUGUAUCAUUCAAAAUCGAUAUCAGGACAAAUACUGUACUUGUAUGAUAUGCUAAAAUUGAAUGAUUUAGAAACAAGAUUGAGAUUUCAUACAGCAAAUCAUUUAGAACAGUAUUUCUCCGGAUUAUUUUGUAAAAUGAGAGUUCUACCAUUUGGCUCAUCUAUAAAUGGCUUUGGAAGGAAAAAAUGUGAUCUUGAUUUAGUUCUUGUCCCUGCCAAUAUUAAAGAGGAUAAUGUCAAUAGCAGGUUAAUAUUUCAUUCAAAAACCAUGAGAAUUAAUGAAAGAUACGAGACAAAGGAAUUUAUGGGAAUACUUGCAAGUAGUAUGCAGCACUUUAUUCCUGGAGUCGAAAACUUGCGAAGAAUUUUAGAGGCUCGAGUACCCAUCAUCAAAUUCAAUUUCGAAUACACUCGUCUUGAGUGCGACUUGAGCACGACAAAUAUGAGUGCAGUGUACAUGUCCGAACUAUUACACCUAUACGGAGAAAUAGAUUGGCGGGUUAGACCACUUGUUUCUGUAAUACGUAAUUGGGCAAAAGUUCAAGAGAUAACGUGCGAUUCACCAGGUCCGUGGAUAACAAAUUUCUCUUUGUCAUUGCUAGUGUUAUUUUACUUCCAGCAGAAAAAUAUACUACCAUCGUUGAGAAUGUUGAAGACAUAUGCGACACGCGAUGACAUUCGUCAUACGGAAAAUGGCAUCGAUUGCACCUUCCUGCGGGAUAUCAACAAAUUACCAAACGAAUACAAAUAUAAAUCGAAUCAAGAAAAUUUAGAGGCUCUUUUACUGGACUUUUUUGAAUUUUAUUCAUUAUUCGAUUUCUACACGAAAGGAAUAUGCAUCCGCGAAGGCAUUCCGAUUAGGAAACCAUCCCGCUUACCGCUUCACAUUGUUAAUCCUCUUGAGACGACAUUAAAUGUCGCCAAGAAUGUGACCAUCUAUGAGCUAAAUCGCUUAAAGGAGAAAGCGCACGACGCAAUUUUCAUAUUAGAAACUUCGGAUAAAUCCAAUUACAUUAAUUGGGGCAUUAUGAAUUUAUUGAAAAUAAAAUAUAUCGACACGAUAGGUAUUUCGCAGUUAAAUAUGGUACAAAAUGUAACUCCCGAAGAGAAAAACUCCCGAGAAAAUAUUGAAGAUAACACCCAAGAAAGCCAUUCCCAGGAAAUUUCUGAAAAAAUCACCAACAACAAUGACAUACAGCCAAAGAAGAAGACGAAAACGGGGACAGUUGUAAGUAAUUUUUACGGCAGUGAUUUGAUUUGAUUUUGAUGAUGAAAGAGAAACAAAAGUGUAAAAUCCUUUAUAUAGGUAACU